UUCUCUCCUCUCGCCUCCCUUUUGUUAUAUGCCACCUUCCAUGACACUGUCAACGCAUCAACGCAGACUCAGAGAGAGGAAGAAAGAGAACACACAACCAUACAGAGAGAGAGAGAGAGAGAGAGCGAGCGAGCGUAAGAUAUGAGAUUUGAGGUGUGAAACGCUUUGGAGAUCCUUCGGCUAGCUCACCUCUGCGAGAAGAUGGAUUCUGAGGGAGAAGUUUGGCGAAGGGAUGUAGCGAGAAGGAACCACCCUCCUUUGGUUGAUAGCAGAGCAUGCCUCUGUAGAGUCGACGCUGGCUUGAAGACGGUAACUGGAGCUAAGAAGUACGUCCCGAGCACAAAGCUGUGUGUUCAACCCAGAAUUCGAACGUCGAUCCAUCCCGUUCGACCCAACCCAGCGUUCGAUAGGAACCGCAUCCAGUCUCCUCUGCUACCUGGCCUCCCCGACGACCUCGCCAUUGCCUGCCUGAUCCGUGUCCCCCGACCUGAGCACCGGAAGCUAAGGCUCGUCUGCAAGCGGUGGCAACGCCUCUUGGCCGGGAACUACUUCUACUCCCUCCGCAAGAGCCUCAGCGUCGCCGAAGAGUGGAUCUACAUCAUCAGAAGGGACCGCGAGGGUCGGAUUUCGUGGGACGCCUUCGAUCCCAGAUUCCAGCUGUGGCACCCUCUCCCUCCCGUCCCCAAGGAGUACUCCAAAGCCAUUGGGUUCGGCUGCGCCGUCCUCCACGGCUGCCAUCUCUACCUCUUCGGCGGCAAGGACCCGUGCAAGGGGUCCAUGCGGCGGGUCAUCUACUACAACGCCCGGACGAACAAGUGGCACCGAGCUCCCGACAUGCUGCGGCGGCGGCACUUCUUUGGCGCUUGCGUCAUCAACAACUGCUUGUACGUGGCCGGAGGGGAGAGCGAAGGCGUCCACCGCUUCCUGCGGUCGGCGGAGUUCUACGACCCCAGCAAGAACAGGUGGUCGUUCGUAUCGGAGAUGAGCGCCGCCAUGGUCCCCUUCAUCGGCGUCGUCUACGAGGGGAAGUGGUUCUUGAAAGGCCUCGGGCCGCAGCAGCAACUCCUCACCGACGUCUACUUCCCGGAAACCGACACCUGGUGCCCUGCGUCGUCCGGUGGCAUGGUGGCCGGAUGGAGGAACCCAUCUGUUUGCUUGAACGGCCGGCUCUUUGCUUUGGAUUGCAGGGACGGUUGCAAGCUGAGGGUGUACGAUGCAGGCGCGGGUUCAUGGAGCAGGCACAUCGACAGCAAGCUGCACCUCGGGAGUUCCCGAGCUAUGGAAGCAGCCGCUCUCGUUCCUCUCAACGGGAAGCUCUGCAUCGUCAGGAACAACAUGAGCAUCACUCUGGUGGACGUCGAGGCCAGAGAUGGCGCAGGGAGCGGGGAUCAGAGAUGGGAGACCAUCGCCGGGAAGGGGCAGCUGAAGACUUUUGUGACGAACCUUCUGUCGAACAUAGCAGGCCGUAGAAGCAACAGAAGCUACAUCGUCCACUGUCAAGUUCUUCAGGCUUAGAACACAAAGAUUACAGAGACUUGCGAGACACACACGAGGCAAGGAGGAGUCUACCUCUCUGUUUUCUUCUUCUUUUUGUCUCUGUAAUAGCCGACGACAUGGUUUCUGGCACAGCGAAAAAUGUUAUGCAUCAUACGAACAGGUUCUUCCAGGCACUGUCAUGCUUUGUCACAAAAAAUCUAUUCUUUUCUUAGUGAUUUAAAUUGAUUUUAGCAUGAGAUAUAGUCUUCUAUAA